AUGCGACCGGAGAUACAUGAGACGCUUCAACAGGCCAUUUUGCAUCUCUAUCACACGAACCGGCAGGGUGGCCAACAAGAGGUCGGUCGCACCUAUAAUCGGACCCGCGAUCAUUUCCAUUGGAGAGGGUGUACAAACGUGUACAGCGAUAUGUGGGAGAAUGUGUUGAUUGUGAAACAGGCAAAUGACGACCUCGGAUCCAGGGCGAUAUAUCCAUUCCAGAUCAUUGCCAUGGAUCACAUACCUUCGCCGCCAGGAUCCUUCAAUGGCAACACCGAAUUGUUGAUCUUCGUGGAUCGAUUCUCGCGAUAUGUGAUCGUCAAAACCAGCACCUCAAGAUUCGCUCAAACAAUCGCUGAGAUCUCCGAAGAAUGCCUCUUCCGCUGA